UGAAGCAGCGCAACAUUAUAACAUUAUUACAAUUAUUAGUGAUGUUUAUAUGAUGUUUCUAUUGUUUUUUUUUUCAAUUGAAAAUCUAUAUAUAUAUAUCAAUAUGAAACAAUAUUUGAUAGUACCUUUGUUUUCCUAAGGACUUUAAUUUUCAAACCAAAUGUAGAAUUGAUUGAUUCGGUAUUACAGGCAAUAUAAACUAAGAAAAUGGCGCCAGUACCGCUGGAAGGACAUCAAACUCCUGUUACUAAUAUGCCACAAGAGGGAAAUCGCGGAGGUUCCAUUUCACUCGGAUUGCUAAUUGAUUUCAUAAUUCAGAGAACUUAUCACGAACUAACUGUUCUAGCUGAAUUGUUACCUCGGAAGACUGAUAUGGAACGCAAGAUUGAAAUUUAUAACUUUUCUGCUAGAACUCGCCAGUUGUUUGUAAGACUGCUAGCCUUAGUCAAGUGGGCGAGUAGUGCUACAAAAGUUGAAAAAUCUGCACACAUUAUGAAUUUUCUUGAUAAACAAUCAUUGUUAUUUGUUGAUACAGCAAACAUUUUAGCUAGAAUGGCCCGAGAAACUCUAGUUCAUGCCAGAUUACCAAAUUUUCAUAUUCCAGCUGCUGUUGAGGUUUUAACAACUGGUAGUUACAACCGUCUUCCAGCUUGUAUAAGAGAAAAAAUAGUUCCUGCAGAUCCAAUCACUCCAGCUGAAAAGAGAAGCACUUUACAGAGAUUGAAUCAAGUUAUUCAACAUAGGCUGGUGACAGGUAAUUUGUUACCACAGAUGAAAAAUCUUAAAAUUGAUGCUGGUCGAGUGACAUUUAGAGUAGAACAGGAAUUUGCUGUUUCCCUAACUAUUAUGGGAGAUGGACCCAACUUGCCAUGGAAAUUAUUGGACCUCAAAAUACUAGUCUCUGAUCGCGAAACAGGAGAUGGGAAAUCAUUAGUGCAUCCUCUUCAAACGCAGUAUGUACACCAAGUUAUUCAGAGGCGUUUAGCAGAAAGUAAUGACCCUCUUGCUGAAGUUUAUCACAUCCUUCAUUACUUCUGCCAAUCGUUACAGCUAGAAGUACUGUACUCCCAGACUCUACGGUUGAUUAGAGAUCGAUUGGAUGAUCACAUAAGAAUAGAUAAGUAUAUAUGUGGUGAAUGUUUAACCAUUUCAUACUGGAAGGAACUGACAAAUAAAGAUUCAGGGUCUGAGCUUGGUUACAAACUAAGUGUCAUAGUUGGUCAGCACGAUCCAGCAAAACCAUUGACCAUUGUGCAUACUCCAUCAUUGGCAAAUAAAGAAUGUGAAAUUUCAGACUCUGCCAUAAGGUCAAAUCAAUUGUCCAUGGAGUAUCUAUUAGUGCACACGAUAUAUAUAAGAACGAGAAAUCGCUUAAAUGAUCUGAAGCAAGAAAUACAGAGUAUGUUUAAGGGUACCGAAUGCACACUAGCUGGUUCUCCCGCGGUUUUAACGGUUCCAGUUCUGCAGCCAUGCCUCAGAGCUGAAUCGCUCCUAAUAGCAGUAGACACCCACACUGGAAUGUUGCAAUGUCACAUACCGCAGUACGAUGCUCCUCUCGUUCCCGAUCUUACAGCAGCACUAAACGAGGAUCACUCCAAGUUGCCUGCGUUAAUAACCGAGUUCAGAUACUGGAUAACAAAGAAGCGGUGCGAGAAAACACUGCAACAUCUACCGGCUUCGUCCCACGAGAAACUGCCGCUUCUAUAUCCGGCUGACCAUCCGAUCAAUUUGAUCAGCAGGCAUCGGAUGUUCGUCCAGUUUCACCGACAUCCGAGCGUCAUCCUGAUAGUGGCGUUCAAGGAGAACGAGUCGUCGUCGUGCGAAAUUCAGUGCUCAUUUUACCUGUGCGCAGUGAAGCCAAGCUCGACCGAAGGACAAGAAUCCCACGACGACAAUAUCGACGCAAGAAGUCACAACAUUUACCUGAAGCUCGACAGCUUGAUUGAAUUCGACACGUUCGUGGUAACGCACGGAUCGUUCACGAGUAUCGACUGUGAGAACAGCGAGCCGGAGCCCUGCGGCUCGACGGACGCAGGCGACAAGACCGCCAAGAAGCGCCGCAGUAUUGGGCUGAGCACGAGGGCAGACACAGGCGCGACGGCCCAGAAGCGAGCCAAGUCCCCGGCUUACUUCAUUCCUGAGCUGGCGCACGUGGUAGCGCUGUGCGACGAGCAGAUCCCCUUCGUAAUGUUGGCCCAGGAGCUGACGAAGCGCGAGAUCGCUCACCAGGGCCUGCAGAUCGAGGCGAACGCGACAGCGCUGGUGCUGAAGCUGGUGCAACUGCCGGCCCCCGCGAGCGGCGUUAUAGGCAGCGCCGCCUGGAGCGCGUUGCUGAAGCGGCUACUCAGUGUGGCAAUACGCGUACAGGCCAAGGGUACCACCAAAUUCUGGCUGGUGGAGUACGUGUUUUACGGGAGUCCGCUGAUGAGCAGCCAGCCGAAGGAACAAGGCCUGCGCCGGCCGAUCUACUUCCAGUACGAGAUGGGCAGCGUGGAGGGAGUGGGCCAGGUGGUCGACUCUCUGCUAGCCGAUUGGGCGCAAAUCGUUAACCUGUAUGCGCUGACGCACGAUCUCUCCGAGUACUACCGCAUGGAGAAAAACAAUCUGCGCAACAUUGCUACCGUCAAGUCCUACAACUACAGCAAGCUGCUGAUGGCUUACGGGCCGCAGCGCCGGGCCACAGUCAUGGUCAAGUGGCUGGCCACCGACAAGUGCUUCAGGCUGUACUUCGGCCGCAGCCCGGCUACGGCCAUCGAGAACGCGCAUUCGCUGCUGAAGGAGCAACUCGAGGCUUGCCUCAACCGCGACCGUAACCUGGUGGAGGUGGUGCACAUGCUGAACGAGAGUCUGGCGCCACUCACAUCCGUUGCCAAGCUACCUAUCAUACCGCAGCUGGGCCUACACGACAUUAAGCGCUUGCCCGUGCAGACCUUCGUGUUGAUGCCACAGUGCAUAAGCCUCGUGCGCAUCGCCUACCAAAGCACCUACUGCUUGGAGCUGUGUGUCCGGGGCGAUGGCCUGGUGUCACUGCGCGAUGGCGCCUAUAGUCGCUUUGACCAUAGCAACGUCGUCGAAGGCUUCACACCCAUCCAGUGCCUCAGCACCUUCCUCUCGCAGUAUGCCGACAAGAACGCGCUUUACCGGCGCCGCAGUCAGUCAGAGGACGAUAAUCCGCCGUCGCCGGUGACGAUUGAGGGUGGCGAGGCCCCCGGCGCCGCUCCCGGCCAGGGUCCUAGCAGUAUGGGCUUCCUGGGACACCGAGGACCUCAGUCCCCCGCGGCCCAGCAGCAGCGCUUCCACCCGCCAGCUACGCCGCCCUCGGGCAUCAGUAACCCCAACACGCCGGCGAGCCCGCACACGGCUAACCAGCAGCAGCCGCAACAGGCGGCUCAGCAGGGCUACGGCAAUAGCCCGGGCAUGUCGCUGAGCCUGGCUUCGCCGCCGGCGCUCACACCGAGUACGCCCAACGUGAUGCCCCACCCGUCGCCGGGCUCGGGCCUGGUGGCUAGCCCGCUGAGCGGCCAGAUGCACGCGCCUAGCCCCGCCGCGCUGCUGCCUACCUCCUCGCCUGGGCCCUGCGGCAGUGUCGGUCAACUCGGCCACUCGCCUGCCAGCUCGUUCAUGCAGCAGGGCGGCCACGGACUAGACGGUAGCCCCUUUCCCCCGUCGCAGAGCAUGGCCUCGCCGGCCGCCUCCAAUUGGGUCAACUCGCCGAGUAUCUCGAGACCGUCGCCAGUGCGUCCGGGCCAGAGUCCUGGAAGCGGCCACGUCCCACUGCACAGCCCUCAGCAGGCCAUGCAGUCCGGCCAGGCGGGCCAGCUGGCCGAGUUGCGCAUGCUGCAGCACGUUUCGCGGGUGCUGCCGCAGCGCUCGUGGGCCGGCGCUAUCCCCACCCUGCUCACCUACGAGACGCUCGAGUUGCUAUGCAGUCCGUCCAAGCACCCUGCCCAACUGCCGGGCCCCGACAUGUCGCCCCUCGAGCGCUUUCUCGGCUGCGUUUUCAUGAUCCGCCAGCUCAAGCGCUUCAUUCAGAGCAAUGAGAACCUGACCAUCAUCGGAAGCUCCGAGCCAGGCGUCAUGCACUUCAAGGUCGACAGCCUGCAGUGUCGUGUGGCCCUUAAUCCGCAAAACAUGCAGUCGCUCCACAUCAAGAUACAACCGGCGCCCGAGACCAACAAGCAGUGGACACACGAUGAGCUGCAGCUCCUCGAGAAGUUCUUCGACAGUCGCGUAGUCGCGCCGCCCUACAAACCAACCGGCCUGCUGUCCUUCGUCAAUAUGCUCAACAUGCCUUUCAAUGUGCUGCGCGACUUCAUUCAGAUCGCUAAGCUCGAGCUCAUCCCGGGCCUGCUGCAGCAGCAGCAGCAACAGCAGCAACAGCAGCAGCAGCAGCAGCAGCAGCAGCCGCCUCCGUUCAAGUGGUCGGUGCAGCUGUGCAUGCGAGUACCACCCUCGGUUAGCCACGUUGUUGGCGGUUUAGGCUCUGCCGCCAUGCUGCAGCAUGUGCAGCACGGAAAGGUCAAGGUGCUGUUCUUUGUGCACAUGACACGUUUGGGCAUUCACUGCAGCGAUGGCGAGGAGCCUCCUUCCAUUGCGUUGCCCCUUAUCUACGAUAUUAGGGCCAACAACGUAACAGUGACCGAUGGCCGCGACUCGCUCAGCCCGGUCAUGGCGGCCGUGUCCAUGUUCCUUAAGAGGUUUGCCGAGUACGCAGCCAACGCUCAGGAGUGCAGUAUCUUCCCGGCCAUCAGAAACCUUAUGGUCAACAUGACUCUACCUUCGGAGAACAUCGUGCCAGGCCAGCCCAUGGCGCCUAACAUGGCCGCGGGGCCUAUGCCAGGACCAGCUCAGCAGAUGCCCAAUGCCGGUCCCAUGCAGAUGAUGCCUCAAGGACCACAGGGUCCGCCGCAAGGACCUUACAGAUCUCAAGGCAUGCCGCCGAUGAACAUGAUGCCCGGUCCCCAGUGAUAUUAAAAAUAGAUAACAGUGUCUUUUAAUACCUCCCAAAUGUAUGUUCGAUGAAUUUGGUCCAUUGAACGUUAACUGAAGGAAACUGGAUAACCUGGAUUUAGAAUUGUUUCAAUCGUACGAACAAGAUAUAAGACCAAUUAUCAAAAUGGUUUCAUUAUUUCUGGUUGUGAGAAUGUUCCAAGAAAGUGAAACCAGUAGAAGUGAUUUCAUUCAUAUCGAUUUCGGUUCGAUAAAUCCGAUUACGUUUAUGUUUAAUAGUGGCAGGCACAGAAUAUCUGUACGUUACGACUACAUUUUGCUCACAAGAGUAUUCAAUUCAUUUUUAUUAUCAUGGUUAUAAAAAGUAUUGGUUUGUAAAUAAGUCGACAUUUUAUUUUUUAUAAGUUAUAAGGUAUUUAUUAGCUCUUUGUAUUUAAAUAGCAUGGAAAUUACGUGCUUCCAGGAGAAUUACUGGAUGUAAAUAUAUUGAUGUCGAUUAAUCGUAAAUAGUUGGUAAGCAGAUUUUUAAAUGAAACAAAAAUUUAAUUUUUUUGUUACAAUAUAAGUAUUUUGAGAAAACUGUUCAUUUGUUUUAAGAAAAUAAA